ACAAAACAAAUGUACUCUCCUCUCACGCAGUAGUGAUACAGAGAUGGCAUCUAUAUAUUAGGUCUUUUUUUUAUCAAUUCUGAAACUGAUAAAUCUUUUAUUAAUUUUAUAUUCUGAAACUCUUUUGCAUGCACACAAUCAUUCUCCAGUCUUCCUUCAAAUCUUGUGUGUCUUAGCCGGCGGCUCGAUCCCAGAAGCUUCCCGAUUUCGUUAUAGGCUUUCUCCAUCACAAGCCACACUGAGGUUUUUGUUCUCUGUGUUUUACGUUUUCUCUUUCGCUUUCUAUCAUGCAUUUCACUCGUCUUAUCCUGCUGUUGCUGCUCAAUGUGGGUUUCUUAGAUUUCUCUGAAUCUGUUUCGAGUUGUUUAGGCUUGAAAAUGCUGGGAGCUUCUCUCCUUGUCGAUAUCAAAUUCUGAAUUCGCAGUUUAUUUUUAAAUAGAAUUUGAUUCAGCUUCUAGGGUUUUUCUAAUUGGUGUGAUUUUGCUUGAUUUGCUGAUAAGGUGUGGGUUUAUUCGAAAUUCGCAGUCCUGAGUCAGCUUUUUCAAGGAUGGCAAUAUUAAAUCAAAGCGUACAUUUGAUCAGUGUCCUUUGUCUUAAGAGCUGCUGCAUUGAUGUGUCUUUGUUUGGUGUUUGCCAUUUUCAUUCUUCAUACGAACUGAUUCUAUUUUAUCUAUCACUUGAAAUCAGGGCAAUUUCGUUUUUUUGUGUGUUAAACUUUGCAGGUUCAGUUGUGAGUUAUCUGGAUAUGGAACGAGCGAUGCUCACAGAUAAAGACGAGAAGGUACGCAAAGCUUUAGAGAAAACAAGGGAAUUGUCUAUUCCUGAUGAAAAGACAAUGCCAGUGCUUGCGAAGCUCCUAGAAGAGGCUGAUGGGAGUUGGUCACUGAUUAAGUUGGAUAACUAUUCUGUACUCAUCGACGCUGUUCUUUCCGCUGACGAAGAGAAGAAGCAAAGUGAAGGUUCAUCUAAUGGCAACCGAGGGAAGAAUCUUAAGGUCAAUGACUCUCCUGCUACUUUGAAAAAAUCUUACGAAACCCGUUCUGCAACCUCAGGUUCGUCCAUUCAGGGAGUCCAGAACCAGCCACAGCUUAGCAAUGGUGAUCGCAAGAGGAAAUAUAAAAAAAAGAUUUCUGACAUAACUAAAGGUUCAGAGAGAGUUGAAAUAUCUCUUGUCGAUGAUGUUGGAAGCGAGCCUAUGCCAAAGUUUACUUACAUCCCUCACAACAUUGUAUACCAAAGUGCUUAUCUCCACGUGUCCCUCGCUCGAAUUUCUGAUGAAGAUUGCUGUGCAAACUGCGAAGGGAACUGUCUUUCAGCUGACUUUCCAUGUACCUGUGCUCGUGAAACCAGUGGAGAAUAUGCCUAUACCAAUGAAGGCUUACUAGAGGAGAAGUUUCUCGACACCUGUCUCAAGAUGAAAAAGGAACCAGAUCGGUUCCAUAAAGUUUACUGCAAAGACUGCCCUUUGGAGAGAGACCACAAUAAGGGCACACAUGGAAAAUGUGAUGGUCACUUAAUCCGGAAGUUCAUUAAGGAAUGCUGGAGAAAGUGUGGAUGUGAUAUGCAGUGUGGAAAUCGAGUAGUUCAGAGAGGGAUAAGUUGCAAACUGCAGGUCUACUUUACCCAAGAAGGGAAAGGGUGGGGUCUUAGAACGCUGCAUGACUUGCCAAAAGGGACCUUUAUCUGUGAAUAUAUUGGUGAAAUAUUGACCAACACAGAGUUAUACGAGCGGAAUAUAAGGUUUAGUGGUGAGCGGCAUACAUAUCCUGUAACUCUGGAUGCAGACUGGGGUUCUGAAAAGGAACUAAAAGAUGAAGAAGCUCUCUGCCUGGAUGCCACAAUCUGUGGAAAUGUCGCAAGGUUUAUCAAUCACAGAUGCGAGGAUGCCAACAUGAUUGAUAUUCCGGUAGAAAUAGAGACUCCUGACAGACAUUAUUAUCAUAUUGCCUUUUUUACCCUACGAGAUGUGAAGGCCAUGGAUGAGUUGACAUGGGAUUACAUGAUAGACUUCAAUGAUAAAAGUCAUCCUGUAAAGGCAUUUCGAUGUUGCUGUGGCAGCGAAUCAUGCAGAGACAAAAAAACAAAAGGUGAGUUAGUGCUUUUGUUGUUCAAACCUUCAUGGCAGACUGCUGGCUUGCUUACACAUUCUAGGUUCUCAAGGCAAGUCAGAAAGAAGAAAGAUUGUUCCUGCUAAAAAACAAUCAGGUUCCAAAGUGGGGGCCUUAAAGCGCAAAUGAGACUGAUCGUUAUUAGAGUAAAACAUUACUGGAAGCAUGAACCGCAAAACACUUGGAUCCAUCUUGAUGACGAUAUAUAACUUUUGUCGUCGCAGAAUUUUUUCUCUGACAAUCCAAUCCAUUCUUUAGGUUAAAGUGUGAUGUUGCCCAACCAAAGAAACUCACUGUUAGUCCCGUUUUUGUUUUUGUUUUCUAGGAAUAAACUGCAAAUGUAAAAUAAAUACUGGAUUUUAAAACGGGUUCUCGUCUAAAAGAGCGUAAAAGAUUAUGGAUUGAAAAGGAGCCA